UGUCAAGAUAAGCUCAGGCGUGCACAGACUCUUCAUCCCUCAAAAUUGUACUGUGCGACGGUGAACGCGACGGGAAGGGCACAGGUAUUAUAACGACAGCCAGCGUCAUCGUCUCGCAUUUUACUAUAUCGAACAACGUCAUAACAUUACCUAGAACUGGAAUCAUAAACUCCACAUGGGCAGCGGUUCGUCAUGUGCCAAGUUGGACAUUGUCUCCGAGGAGGAGAUACACGCCGCCAUCAAGGCAAUCACGGAUUGGGAAGAAGCGCAGAAGGCCGAACAAAAAGCAUCGCAGGCCCUACGCACUGUCCGUAAAGACAGCUUCAAGAGAGCUGCUAACGAGCUUAACCACCAUGGAGGCAUUGUUGAUCGCAUUGGCGGUCCUGACCGGGUACAUGACAUCAUCCAGGUCUUUUACCGCAAGCUCUUUAGCAAUCCGGAGGUCCGACACUUCUUCGAGCACCUUUCCACCGAGCGCAUGCGCGCCAAGCAGAUGAAAUUCAUGCGCUACAUCAUGGGCGGCCCCGGCACCUACACUGGCAACCUGCGCUGCGUGCAUGCGCGCAUGGUGCUGGAGGGCGGCCUGGACCUGCCCACGUUCCAGGUGGUGGAGGGACUGCUGGUGGCCACCCUGCAGGAGCUGCAUGUGCCGCAGGACGUUAUCGACGACGUGAACAGGAACGUGGAGUCCGCCAAGACCGCCAUCUUCACACCCAACCCGGAUGAGCUGGUAAGCAACGAGGAGAUGGCGGUUGCGGCGUCCGAGAUGAAGCACCCGCUCAUCACAAGGCUGGGAGGCCCGCAGGCGGUGCAGGCCAUCAUCCAGGCCUUCUACAAGAAGCUCUUCCGCUGCGAGGAGCUCAAGUACUUCUUCGCCUCACUGUCCGCGGAGCGACUGCGCAACAUGCAGUUCAAGUUCAUGCGGUACCUGUUUUGCGGCCCGGCCUCCUACGCGGAGACGGGCGGCAACAUGCGGUGUGUCCACGCACGCAUGGUGAAGGAAGACGGUCUGGACAUCCGCAAGUUCAACAUGGUCGUACAGAUGCUGGUGGACGUGAUGAAUGACCAGAUGGUGUCACACAUCUACGCGAGGGAGGUCCUGGCCAACGUGCAGGCCGCCAAGAGCGCCAUCUUCACCCCCGGCCCCGAUGAGCUGGUGGGUCGCGAGGAGGUGCUGGCGGAGGUGGCUGCUGCGGGGCUGGCGGGCGGGCAGCUGCUGGGGCGGCUGGGCGGGCCGGAGCGGCUGUGGGAGCUGGUGAGCGGCUUCUACGCCAAGCUGUUCGGAGACGAGCAGCUCAAGUACUACUUUGCGCUGACGUCCGACAGGUUGCGUACGAAGCAGCUGCGCCUGAUGCGCUACCUGAUUGGCGGCCCCGCUGCCUACGCGGCCCUCGGCGGCAGCGGCGGCGGGCUGCGCUGCAAGCACCUGGCGCUCAUUCGCGACAAGGGGCUGGACGGCCCCAAGUUUGACCGCAUGGUCCGACUGCUGAAGGGGGUCAUGGAGGCCAUGAAGCUGCCCGAGGAUGCCGUGUCGGAGAUCCUGGCCAACGUGGAGGCGGCUCGCAGCGCCAUCUUCACGCCGGGCCCCGAGGAGCUCAUAUCGCGGGAGGAGCUGGUGACGGCAGCGGAGGCACUCAAGUCCGAGACGGUGUCCCGGCUGGGCGGCCCCCAGCGCGUCUACUCCGUCAUCUCCACCUUCUACUCCAAGCUCUUCAACGACGCCGAGCUAAAGUACUUUUUCGUGUCGCUAUCGGACAAGAAGCUGCGAACCAAGCAGUUCAAGCUCAUGUCGUACCUCUUUGGCGGUCCCGCCGCCUACGUCGCCACCACCCCCGGGGGCAACCUGCGCUGCUCGCAUGCCCGACUCAUCAAGGAGUACGGCAUGGAUGCCAGCAAGUUCGACCGGGUUGCGGGCAUGAUGCUGGAGACCCUCCGAGAGGAGAAUGCCCCAGAGGAUGUGAUUGCGGCGGUGCUGCUGAACGUGCAGUCCGCCAAGAGCGCCAUCUUCACCCCCGGCCCCGAUGAGCUGGUGGGUCGCGAGGAGGUGCUGGCGGAGGUGGCUGCUGCGGGGCUGGCGGGCGGGCCGCUGCUGGGGCGGCUGGGCGGGCCGGAGCGGCUGUGGGAGCUGGUGAGCGGCUUCUACGCCAAGCUGUUCGGAGACGAGCAGCUCAAGUACUACUUUGGAAGCCUCACGUCGGAGCGGCUGAAGAACAAGCAGCUCAAGUUCAUGCGCUGCUUGGUGGGCGGUACCAAGUCCUAUUCUGGCGACCUGCGUUGCGCCCAUGCGCCCAUGCUGCCAAAGCAAGACGGCGGCGACGGCAGCGGCAGCGGCGGUGGGAACAGCUCAGGAGGUGGGGGGCUGGACGCCGCAGCGUUCAACCGCCUGAUCGCGCACCUGACGUCCGCCGCCAAGGAAAUGGAUGUACGGCAAGAUGCCCUCGCGGAGAUGCUGCAAAAUGUGGAGGCUGCAAGGAAGGAGAUUCUUGGCGAUGGUCGUACCGGCGCCGGCGCCGCCAACGGUGGCGGCAACCGACCAGCUUCGGCGGUGCGUAGCGCCGCCGCCGCCGCCGUCGCCUCUCCCAACACCGGUGCCGCCGCCGGCGUUGCCGCAUUGAGUCUGUACGAGCGACUCGGCGGUGAGUGCGCCUUGGGCCUUCUGGUGGACUCCCUGCAUGAGCGGCUGCUGGCAGACCCACGGGUCGCGCACCUGUACAAGGGGGUGAACAUGUUCAAUCAGCGUCGCCAGCAGCUGGCUUUCAUGCGGACCGCCUUGAGCACCAGCGGCUCCGCUACCCCAGCUGCUGUUGCUGUGGGCGGCAUUGGCGGCGUGGGCUCCCGGCCGUCAAGUGCCUCCAGCACGCCGACCUCCCUGACGCUCGGCAUUGCGUACGCGCACUUGGCACGCGACAAGGCGUUGUCGGCCGAGGGCUUCGAGGCGGUUGCGAUGCAUUUGGUGGCCUGUCUGAAUCACCAGGGCGCGUCCCCCGACCUCGUGGCCGCCGUUCGGGCCAUGAUGCAGCCCGGCAAGAGCCUUUUGUUUCCACCGGUAGGCGCCGGCGGCGGCGGCGGCUGCCCCUUCGCCAGGUCCAUCUCCGCGGAAGAUGAACAGACGCUGGAUGCAAUCAUGGUUUCCGCCUACGCUCCCGCCGCUGCUGCCGGAUCCUCCGCCGCAGAGGCUGCUUCCUUCACUGCUACUAAAGCUACGGCCCGGCCCCAAGCGGCUGCUUCUACGGCCUCGUCUGUAGCUGUGGCUGAGGCUGUGGCGGUGGCAGCGGGUGCUGAUGGUGCAGCAGCAGUGACAGCCCCGGCCGUCGCUGCUGGCAUGCUGGCAGCGGACGGCACCGCUGCAGGAGGAGUUGGAGGGGCUGGUGCGUCGCCGACGCUCACUCUCAGCCGUGUUCCUCGCCCCCCAAGCAGUGCCAAUGGCACCGGCAAUGGCUAUGCAGGCAACAGCGGCCCACCCAGCCGUACUUCCUCUAGGCGUCGGAUCUAUAUCGGCGCCGGAGGCGGUGGAGGUGAUGUUGGCGGUAGCGGCGGCGGCGUCACAGGUGCUGCUGCCGCUGCUGCAGGCGCUGCCAGUCCUGGAGGCGCCACAACGCCACGUGGGGUUGGGAAUGGUGAUGAGGUCCCUCUCCGGCUGAAGCUGGCGCAGGAGCGGCUGCAGCUGCUCCAGCAGGAGUCUGCUGCUGUUUCUCCCCAGCAGGCCGAUGACAUGAACAACAACAACAACAACAGCAGCAGCAGCAGCCCCCGGACUGUUCUUGCGCCGUACAGUCCGCGGACGUCUGCGGGCCAGCUAUCGUCAUCUCCUCGCUCAAGCUCAACCACCACUCCCGCUGUUCCACGCCUCGUUCUGGCACCAUCGUCAUCUACACCAACCCCAGAUCAGGCUGCCUGCUUCUCCUCCUCCGCCUCUUCCGUGCCUGCUCCUUCAGUUUUCGCCUGUGCAACGCGCACCGCUGACUUUGCCGCCAGAAGCAGCAGCACCGGCAACCUCACAAGCCUCGCAGACAACAGCAAUGGCACCCUUGCCGCCGACGCCGCCGGCACCACCGCCAUCGUCGGCAACAGCCUCGCCUUCCAGCCCACUCCUCCAAAGCCCCGAAGCGUGACGCCUAGUCCACGACCCACGGGUCGCCUCAACAGCAGCAGCAGCAACCGCAUCAGCAACAGCAGCCUCCUCUUGUCCUCUAGCGAAUUGCGCCCCUCUGCCGCCAGCAUAACCCUGCCAACCAGCCGUCUGAGACCCUCCGCCUCGAGCUUCCUGGGCUCCAGUCCGCGACCCUCGGGCCCAAGUGUGUUGGGGGACGAGGACGAAGCGCUUGCGGAGGCUAUCAUGAUGAGUGAACCGCACAUAUUGCUGAGCCGAACGGAGGUGGAGGCGUAGGGGUGACGCAGGGCAGCAGGAGGCGCUGGUGGAGAGGGUGCGUGUUUACCAUGCCGGUCGAUCGCCUUGGUCCUCAUGGCCUUGCGGCACCAAGCCGCUUUUGUGUUGCAGUGUGUUUUGGAGCUCAACUGUAGUUUUGCGACCGAGCUCAGCCGUGUGCUGUUUUCCUGCCAUCUCUUGUGGCAUCCUCUUAGUAGGGGGAAGAGAAUGAAUGGAAUCUAUAUGUAAGUCUGCAUGGAUGUGAAGCUGGUAAGGAAGCGCUGACGGGGUGUGUUUGUCGGCGGUCAUGUUUCUAGUCCUUGGCAUGGGCCUUGCAGGUGGGGGCACCACACCACGUGGCGUGGGCUGGUUACUCGUAAUGUGUGUUGUGGUUCGAGCUAUGCGCUAGGUAACCUGAAGACUCGACGUGUGCUGCUCAUCAGAUGGUGGCGACGCAGCAUGCAUGCAUGCAUAGCUUGCUAGCAAUCGUUGGAAAGGCGUCGACAAUUGUGUUCGCGUCGCUUAACGUUUCUGUUACUUUGACACUGUCUACCGCCCGGCGUGAGCUGUUUUGGUUGUCACAUGGUUAUGACAUCACCCCGUUGUGGACGCCGUUGCGUUUGGAGCAGAGGCGGUUUCCAACGGGCCUUGCCGUACCGUGUACAACAAUUAACUGGACCACACCGUACGACACGUAUUGUUUGCUGCUUGGUAAACGGUCAUCAUGAUUACGUUUCGGAUGUGGGUUGUUUGGCGCCGUUGGUAUGUGGACACCUUUGCCGCCUAAUAACUGCUGCUGCUUUUUCGCAGAGAAAGAACUCGCCAUAGGCUUUGUGUGAACUUCAGACGUAGCAAAGCGGCGCCACGACUCGUGUGGUUUGUGUCAUCCCCGGGCGUGGCAGCAGCGGUUUCUAGUCGUCAGCAUCCCUCGAGCACUUCCCUUACCGUGUCAUGGGCAUUCGUGGGUUUGUGCGCUAGGCUUGUGUCGCUGACUCGUCGAUUCCUAUUUCCUUUGGACCUUGUCCCUCGGCUUCUCGGCCCUCGUUGACUAUUUGUUUCCAGCCUUGGUGUGUCCCUAGGCUACUAUUAAUUGGAAGUUUCCUGCUUCCGCACAUGCGUGACUCACCUUCACCGCUCUCCCUUAUUCCACACAAGUACGCUUCAUAUUGCUUCCGGAAAGGCGUUCGUAGUGGUAUCGCUACCUCGUAUUGCACCUCGUACAGACACCCCGUUGGCAGGCUGUGAGCUUGUUUGACCACGUGUUUGCUGGCUGGGUUUGUUUUGUGUGUCCAGUUUGUUUUGCUUUAGAGAAUUGUUUACCACAUUAGGCCACUGUGUCCUGGGAUGGCGUUUUAGCCGCCUGCUGCUGCUCUGCCCUGCUGCCGGUGCGCCGCUAAUGCCGGGGGCGGUUUCUGUGAUACGAAGCUCGCAUGGGUGUCCGGCAUGUACGUCGUUGGACAGUUACCGGCAUGCUCGGGUGUUCUGCCAGCGGGCAGAUUGAUACCAGUAGGUAGGUCUCAAGGGCUUGCACUUUGCAAGUGCAGCCCACGGCAAUACUACCGUAACAAUGCAUUGCGAGGACAUGGCAGCCCCCAGCUCACCUUGCCGGCUAUGUUUGUGGUGGUUGGUUUGUGGUGGAUUGCUGCUGGCUCAGCUUGCAUGUAUGUGGUGUGUGACAAGUUACGAGCCCCUGCAUGGUGAUCUGGGUUGCAUGUAUUGAGGAUGCCCGGUGUACGACGUGCGCCAGGCAGGUGCCGAGCAUGUCCGAGGUGAUGGCUCCCAGGAAGGCCUGCUAUGCGUGUUGCUGCAGUACCGGUAACAAAGUCUAUGCGACCCGGGUGCAAAGCGGACUGCGUUGUGGCUGGGGUGCGUGUAGCUGUGUGCUUCUUACAUGUUUGCAUGUGCUCUUGACGGCUGUUUCCUACAGUAUGUGAAAUGUGAUUAUGAGUAGGUUCUGCGUGUUAUUGUCUUUUAACUCGUGUGGAGCUCUGGGCUGGAAAGUAAGAUAGCCCUCGGCAGUACGGGUGCUGGCAGUGUUGUAGGCUGCUGUACAGGGAGUGUUCCCACAUGCCGCAAAAGCAAUCCGCCAGCGCUCCGCGCGUGUAAUCCUUUUCUGGUCUGGACAGAUUCCAGUGGUCCCCGGGGAUCCCCGGGGGUCCGAGGGAACAUGGGUGUUAUGAUCAGGUGGACACCUCUGCUGCCGCGGCUAACAGAACGCAGGCCACGUGAAGGGCCCCAAGGACGGGUUGGGACGUCUACCUCCACUCCCAGGUGGAGUUCCGGCAAGCCCUGUGUGCUUAUAUGGAUUGUAAUGAGAAGAUAAUAGA